CGGUCAAACUCUUUGAGACACAAGAGUAGGAAGGCAGUGCUACAAAAAUGAGCCUCCAUGAGAAAAGAGAGAAUGAAGACAGUAUGUCUGAAAUGAGAUCUACUUCUCCCAGAACAAGCUGUGCAUCUUUGUCUGAUAAUUCCAUAUACAAACUGCCCCCUGGAAUCAGUGAUAAGAAUCUGAGGUCAAAAUCUCCAGAACCCAGCAGUGUGUCUAUGAGAAGCACACAAUCCAUGUGUGAUCCCAUUUCAUUCAAUGAUGGAACAUUGACUUCUGCCCCACGGUUAACCCACAUCAGGCAGGAAAUACCUGAAGCAGACCUUCACAAAACUAGCAUGAAGAACAAGUAUGGCUGCUUAUUUGAGGGAAACAAAGGCAAUGAAACCCCCUUGAACAGAAUCUUCACACAGCUCUACAUAAUAGAAGGAGAGAGAGAAGGGGUGAAUGAAGAACAUGAGGUUUUACAGAUGGAGAAAACACCCAGAACACAAAACAAUCCAAUAAACUGUAAUGACAUCUUCAAAGCCUUAUCUAAACCAGUAUAUGAGGAGAAAGACAAAAUCAAGACUGUUUUUACUAAAGGUAUCGCUGGAAUUGGAAAAACCAUCUCUGUGCAGAAGUUCAUUCUGGACUGGGCCGAGGGAAAAGCCAAUCAGGAUGUAGAUUUCAUGUUUGUGUUUCCAUUUCGAGAGCUGAACUUUAUUCAAGAUCAUCAGUACAGUCUUCACAGACUUCUGCUGGACUUCCACCCUGAACUUCAAGAUCUGGACUCAAAGAUUUAUGAGGAAAGUAAAGUUGUUUUCAUCCUAGAUGGUCUGGAUGAAAGCAGAAUAACACUGAUGUUGUCAGACACUGAAAAAGUUUGUGAUGUGAAUGAGUCUUCAUCAGUGGGUGUGUUGAUGUCAAACCUCAUCAGAGGAGAUCUGUUUCCCUCUGCUCUCAUCUGGAUCACUUCCAGACCAGCAGCAGCCAAUCAGAUCCCAUUCAAUAACAUUGACCGUGUGACAGAAAUUCAAGGUUUCGAUGACCCUCAAAAAGAGGAAUAUUUCAGAAAGAAAAUCAGUGAUGAGCAACAAUCCAGCAGAAUCAUCUCAUACAUCAGAAGAGCAAGAAGCCUCCACAUCAUGUGCCACAUCCCCGUCUUCUGCUGGAUCUCAUCCACUGUGCUUCAAAACCUCCUGAAAGAAGAUCUGAGUGCAGAAAUCCCUCAAACUCUGACUGAAAUGUACAUCCACUUCCUGCUGAUUCAGAUCAACAUGAGGAACCAGAAAUAUGAAGAGAGAGAUCCAGAGAAACUCCUGCAGUCCAACAGAGAAGUGAUUGUGAAACUUGCUGAAGUGGCUUUCAAGCAGCUGAUGAAAGGCAAUGUGAUGCUCUAUGAGGAGGACCUGAGAGAGAGUGGCUUAGACGUCACUAACACUUCAGUGUUUACUGGGAUUUGUACUGAGAUCUUUAAAGAGGAAUCUGUGAUUCAUCAGAGGAAAGUCUACAGCUUUAUUCAUCUGAGUGUUCAAGAGUUUCUCGCUGCUUUCUAUGUGUUUUACUGUUAUUUAAGCAGCACCACAGAAGCCCUUAAGACUUUUGAUUCAAUGCAUAAUUUGCAUAAAGGUGCAGUAGAUAAAGCCUUAGAAAGUAAAAAUGGACACCUGGAUCUGUUCCUGCGGUUCCUGCUGGGCAUCUCACUGGAGUCUAAUCAGAGACUCUUACAGGAUCUACUGACAAACACGGAGAACAGCUCAGAGAGCAUCUGGAGAACCACACAAUACAUUAAAGAGAAGAUCAAAGAUGGACAAGGACUCUCCACUGAACAAUCCAUCAGUCUGUUCCUCUGUCUCCUCGAAGUACAAGAUCAGACUCUGUCCAGAGAGAUUCAGGAGUUUGUGAAAUCAGACAAACACACAGAGAAGAAACUCUCUCCAUCUCACUGCUCAACAAUUGCCUACAUGCUUCAGAUAUCAGAGGAGGUGCUGGAUGAGCUGGAUCUCAAGAAAUACAACACAUCAGAUGAGGGCAGAAGAAGACUUAUACCAGCUGUGAUCAACUGCAGAAAAGCCUUUCUUGCUGGCUGUAAUCUCACUGGUCAGUCCUACGAAAUUGUGUCCUCAGCUUUACAAUCCUCAAACUCUGUCCUGACAGAGCUGGACCUGAGUAACAAUGACCUGCAGGAUUCAGGAGUGAAGCUACUCUCUGAUGGACUGAAGAGUUCAAACUGUCAGCUGAAGAUAUUAAGGUUGUCUGGCUGUAUGGUGACAGAGGAAGGCUGUCAGUAUCUGUCUUCAGCUCUGAGUUCAAACCCCUCACACCUGAGAGAGCUGGAUCUGAGCUACAAUCACCCAGGACAAGCAGGAGUCCAGCUGCUUUCUGACAAACUGGAGGAUCCAAACUGCUCACUAAAGAUACUCAAUUUGGACCAUGCAGAGCCUUUCAGGAUCCAACCAGGACUUCGAAAAUAUUUCUGUGAUCUCACACUGGAUCCAAACACAGCAAACACUCAACUCAUUCUGUCUGAGAACGGAGAGGUGAAAUAUGUGGAUCAGCAGCAGCCGUAUCCUGAUCAUCCAGAGAGAUUUAAAGAUAUUCCUCAGGUUCUGUGUCGAGAGAGUCUGACUGGACGUCAUUACUGGGAGGUUGAGCGGACUGGCUGGGCUCGGAUAGCAGUGGCCUACAAAACAAUCAGCAAAGAAGGGACUGGUGGUAAGUUUGGAUACAAUAACAAGUCCUGGUGUCUUUUUUGCAUUAUUGAUGGAUUUGUUGUCUGGCACAACAAUCUGAACAACAACAUUCCUGCUCCUUCCCCCUCUAAAAGAGUAGGAGUGUAUCUGGACUGGCCGGCCUGCACUUUGUCCUUCUACAGCAUCUCUGACACACACACACUCACACACUUACACACAUUCAACACCACAUUCACUGAACCCCUCUAUGCUGGGUUUAAGGUUUUUGAUUCCUCACUGUCACUGUGUAAGAUCACACAACAGACAAACAACUGA